AUAUUUAUUUUUUAAAUUAUUCUAGUAAAUUUCUUCAAUAUUUAACGCAAUGAAUUAUUCAAAUUAUUCAACCUUCCCCAAUACAAAUUUAUAAUGAUCCUGCAGAAACUCAUAAAGUUCGUGCUAUUUGCCGGCUCAUUUUAUUUGGGCAAAGAACUGGGUGUCUUUGAGGAUCCAAUUGAACCGAAUACCCCUAGAUUAGAAGUAGAACCUUUUGAGGCAGAGAGCAACCAGAGUGGCCAACCAGAAGAGAAGAAAAGUCCUGAUAACAAGCAUGUUUUCUUUGAUGAGGAGGACAAACGAAAACUUAAACGAAAGAAGGAGGAAAUGGAGAAAAAGUUUUGCCCCAAGGGAAGCAUCUGCGAGCCUCCUCCAAAGCCCUUAGGCGAAAGCAUAGGCGAUGCUCUUUAUGAUACUUGGCUGGCCUUAAAAAAGAUUCCAUCCUACUGGCGCGAAACUGCCGAUAGCAUGGCCGAUACCAUUUGUCGAUUUUUUAAAGGGGAUAAAUAAAUAAAUUGUUAUAUUAUUAAAA